GAGAAUCUGCAUUAAUGUGGUAUAGGAUGAAUGUGGAGUUAUCCAUAACUCGGACCUCGGGUCCACGAUGUGCACGCACCUGCUGCAAUGUCAUCUAUCAGUGAUCGCCUCGGGGUCUAUUGUCAUCACCGAAUGGACUUAGAACACAAAAUCCGUAGAAUCCGGCGAUGACCCCUCAGUAGCCAGAUGUAGUUAGAGCGUCAUCCAACAAUGCAUCUACCAUGUCACCGGUGUGGCAAGAAUCGGCAGCCCUGAUCCGUUUGACCGGCGGUGUAAUUGUUUAUAAAAGACAGCGUUACUCCUAGGUCUUAUCCACCACACGCAGAAUAAUCCUCAGCUGUCAACAUGUCAACACCCUCCUAUACCUUCUCAGGCUGGAUGGGCCUCGACAAAGACGCCGCAAAUGGCCAUAUGGUCUGGCAAUCCUACACCCCCAAGCCCUGGGAAGAGACCGAUAUCGAUAUCAAGAUCAGCCAUUGUGGGGUGUGCGCUUCCGAUUUGUGUGUUCUUCGAAGUGGAUGGAGACCCACCCCCUACCCCUGCCUGGUGGGCCAUGAAAUCAUCGGGCACAUCACGCGCAUCGGCACGCAAGUCAAAGGUCUCCAGCUGGGCGACCGAGUCGGCGUCGGUCCGCAAAGCGACUCAUGUCGGGGCCGAGUGAACGGCCCUUGUAUCGAAUGUUCCACGGGGAACGAGAAAUACUGCCCCAAUCUCUGGACGGGCACGUAUGCCGGUAAGUACAUGGACGGGAGUCCUUCAUAUGGUGGAUACGCGCUGUAUAACCGUGUUCCGGCGCAUUUUGCAGUGAAGAUUCCGGAAGGGAUUGAAUCAUCGGCGGCGGCGCCAAUGUUGUGUGCUGGUGCGACGGUGUAUGCGCCUCUCAAGCAAUAUGGGUGUGGACCGGGCAAGAGAGUAGGGAUUCUCGGGGUAGGCGGACUGGGACAUUUUGGAAUAUUGUUUGCCAAGGCGUUGGGAGCGGAGAGAGUUGUUGCCUUGUCGCGCAGUCAGGCAAAGAGAGAGGAUGCGUUGGCGCUUGGUGCGGACGGGUAUAUUGCCUAUGAGGAAGGAGGCUAUUGGGUCAAGGAACAUGCCGGGACCCUGGACGUGAUCAUUUCGACAGUGUCGUCGAAUAAAAUCCCCAUUUUGGAUGCCUUGAAGCUCCUCCGCGCCAACGGGACUUUUGUUCAGGUAGGAAAUCCGGAAAAUGGGCCGUUUACUAUUCCUGCGGGGGCGUUGAUUGGCAUGGGGUUGAGGUUUGCCGGGUCGAAGAUUGGCAGUCCGAGUGAGAUUCGGGACAUGCUGGAGCUGGCUGUGAAGAAGGGGGUGACGCCGUGGAUUGAGGAGAGGCCGAUGGGCGAUGCGAAUGAGGUGCUUGUUGAUAUGGAUAGCGGGAAGGCCCGGUAUCGGUAUGUUUUGGUGAAUCGCUCAGAAUAGUCAUGGUGGCGCAUAUC